AUGACAACCAACAUCCCGGAAAUCCUCCUCCUAUGCAUGGACGACGAGUUCAUCACAGCGUUCAACACCUCCCUACAAACAAAUUGGCCAACCCACAACCCGCAAGCCCUAAAAAUAACCCCCAUAAACGAACGCCUCAACUCCCUCCCCGAGGGCACCACCUUCGACCUAAUUGUCUCCCCAGCAAACUGCUACGGCCGCCUAGACGGCGCCUUCGACGCCGCAAUCUCAAGAGCAUUCAGUCCCCGCAACGACUACCAUGCCGUGACGCGAGCCGCGCAAGCCAUUUUAUAUGAGAAAUGGCGCGGGUUCGCACCGCCGGGGACGUGUACGCUUGUUCCCUUCCCUGAGGAGUUGAAGGGGAAUCUGUUUGGGUGUGCCUGGGUUGCGCUUUGUCCUACUAUGCGUGAGCCGGGCUCUGUGGAGUGGGAUCGGGAGAUUGUUUACGAGUGUGUGUGGAGUUUGUUGGGGCAGGUUGAGGGGUGGAAUCGGGGGUUAGGGAAAGAUGGGGAUGGGGAUGGGAGGAGGAUUGGGAGGAUUCUUAUGACGCCUUUGGCUGCUGGUAUUGGGAAGGUUAGUAAGGAGAGGUGGGCUGCGCAGACGGUGCUGGCUUUGAAGCAUUUUGUUGACGCGCUUGAGAGACCCGAGAGGUGGGGUAGUUUGUCGUGGAGGGAUAUUGAGGAGGAUUGUGUUGAAGUUGAGAAGACUUGGAAGUAG